GGGCAGGAGAGAGAGGUCAUAACGAAGAGGAAAAGAGACAAGAGAGGCAGCAGGAGACAAACGGCUUGUUUUUUCACUUUUUGUUUCGUCCCUCUGGAUCACCUGGAUUACUUCUGCUCUCUGCAGAAAGUAACUUCUCAUAAUUGGACCCUCAGCAUCUUCCUUGCCUAUAUGUUUGCAUGUGUGCAAUAUCUGCGCUCAUACAGAUCAGAGAGCAUCCACCUGAGAGAGACGCAGGCAGAUGAUGGAACCUGCACACCUCUCCCUUGCACUCUUCUUCCUCGUCUUCUCUCCUGUGAGUGGCCAGUGGUGGAGUUUGUUCUGGGGAAAUCCUAAAACCACCACCAUUCCUCCUUCAGUUACCUCUCCGACCGUGACGUAUCCAAGAUUUUCUGACACCCCGGGCACAACGCCAGUGUGGUCAGUAAAAGUGGACGAGGUGCUGGUGAAUGCUGUGGAGGGUGUUCACACAGAAGGGUCUGUUUUGACCCCCACUCAGCCCAGCUUAGGAGUGUCACCGUCUGGUUUCACUACUGCAGAUCACUGGACAUUUCCUACAGGGAAGACUGCAGGUGGAGACAGUAAAAGUGGGUCUUCGGACAAACCCCUGAAACACUGGAGAAAUGAGCAAGGCUCAGGAAGUUAUCUGAACCUGACGGACUUAAUUGGCUUCCCCCUCCCUCCCUCUGUGUCCUUCACUGCUGGCUUUGAGGGUCAUCCAGCCUACAAAUUUGGGUCUCAAGCCAAUGUCGGCCGACUCACCAAAACCUUUGUGCCGGGAUCGUUCUACCAGGACUUUGCUAUCAUCGUCACGGUGCGCCCAGCUAGCCAGAGAGGUGGCAUGCUCUUUGCCAUCACAGAUGCCCAACGCAAGGUGGUGAAGCUGGGUUUGGCCCUCACUCCAGUUCGCGAGGGCCUCCAGAGCAUCUUACUGUACUACACUGACCAGGAGCAGGCAUCCCACAGCCACAAAGCGGCUGCCUUUAGCGUCCCGGAUAUGACUGACCAGUGGACACGAUUCACGGUGGUGGUGGAGCAUAAUGAGGUCCGUCUCUACUUGGACUGUGGAGAGGCCGAGAGUAAGGACUUCCAUCGUAGGCCAGAGAAACUCACCUUUUCACACAAUUCAGGCAUUUUUGUAGCUAAUGCAGGAAGCACGGCGCUUGACAAGUUUGUGGGUUCGAUUCAGCAGCUGGUCAUAAAAGACGAUCCAAGAGUGGCUGAGGAGCAGUGUGAAGACGAUGAUCCUUAUGCCUCGGGGUACGCCAGUGGAGACGAGGCUUUGGAUGACAGAGAGACAGAGAAAGACCCGAGGAAGACCGCAGAGGAGGAGGGUGUUCCCGUUAGUGCUCCGCCCACUGAUGCUCCAGAGGAGUUUGAGGACUUUUCUCCUCACACGGGUCCAACAGAAGCCCGAGUGGACCUGAUGACAGGGCUACACCGAACAGAGGAGGCGGGAGAGCAGCCACAGGGUGGUGAUGUCAGGCUAAAAGGAGAGCGCGGUGAUCCUGGCCCGCCUGGCCCACCUGGUCCACCAGGUCCUCCCAGUGUAUUCAGAGAGACUAAGCUUGGAACAUCUGGCCCACAGGGACCACCAGGAUCUCCUGGGCUGCCAGGAAAAGAUGGACACAAGGGAAGCAGAGGCGAUAAAGGAGGUCCAGGCCAAAAAGGGUCUCAAGGAUUUCCAGGCUUGAACGGAGAAGUUGGAGCUAAAGGAGAGAAGGGAGACCCGGGAGUUGGUUUACCAGGCCCCCCUGGCCUUCCUGGACCCCCUGGACCCCCCAGAUCACGCAGUGUACCUUAUGGACCAGAUGCCCUGGGUUCUGGGUUUGAAGACCUGGACAGCGAUGCAGACCUCAUCCAGGGUCCUCCUGGUCCACCGGGCCCUCCAGGACCUCCUGGUCCCCCUGGACCCCACCUGUCCUCAUCUGCCACCACUGAAGGACUUUCUCCUGGGCAUGCUGGACCACCUGGUGCACCUGGCAGUGAUGGCCUUCAAGGCAAACAAGGAGUACCAGGUCCAGCAGGAAAAGCUGGUCCUCCAGGUUCACCUGGGGCUGCAGGCGAGAAGGGUGAGCAAGGCCUACCUGGGCCUCCUGGGCCAAAGGGUGAAAGUGGGUCAACGGGUGUCCAAGGAAUUCCAGGGCCUCAAGGGCCUAUUGGUCCAGAAGGAAAGAGAGGCCUUCCAGGCCCACCAGGACCUCCAGGCCCACCAGGACCUCCAGGAACCAAAUUCUUUGCAGAGGAUAUGGAGGGAUCUGGCAUGACUGAUCAGAUUACUGGAGUCAGAGGCCCACAGGGUCUACCUGGCCCUCCAGGACCACAGGGUAAGGAUGGAGCACCAGGAGCUCCAGGGCUCUCUGUCAAGGGUGAACCAGGAGAACCAGGACCAGAGGGUCUCCGGGGUCCUGCUGGACUACCAGGUCCUAGGGGGGCCAAAGGAGAGAAAGGCGGUCCAGGACCCAAGGGUGAAAGAGGAGCUGAUGGCCUCAGUAUCCAAGGACCACCUGGGCCUCCUGGGGCUCCUGGACCUGUCAUUAAUGUACAUGAUCUGCUCUAUAAUGUCACAGAGGGUAUCCUCAACGUCACAGAGAUCAGAGGACCACCCGGGCCUACGGGUCCUGAGGGAUUGCCUGGCAGAGCUGGAUUUCCCGGCCCCAGGGGACCAAAGGGAGACAUAGGACCUACAGGUAUCCAGGGCCCCGCAGGGCUUAAGGGAGAGAAAGGAGAACCAGGGGUGACAAUUGCUGCUGAUGGAUCUCUCCUGUCUGCACCAAGAGGCCCUCAAGGGCCCAAAGGCACAAAGGGUGACCAUGGCUUCCCAGGACCUACUGGACUUACGGGUCCAAUAGGACCUCCUGGACAAAAAGGAGAAUAUGGUUUCCCCGGGCGACCCGGGCGACCUGGUAUCCCAGGGAGGAAAGGUGACAGAGGAGAUUCUGUUGGCCUACCGGGACCUCCAGGUCCUCCCGGCCCACCUGGACUUCCAGGAAGAAUUAUUGGCCUGAAUGGAACAGUGUUCCCGGUGCGCCCCAGACCGCAUUGCAAAAUGGGACGAGAGUCAAUGACAAGGGGACAUUCAGCUGGACCUAAAGGAGACAAAGGAGAUGAGGGAUUACCUGGGGAGCCAGGAACUCCUGGGCUCACAUUUCCAGAUGGAAAUGUGGGGACUAAAGGUGAUCAGGGAUACAAAGGUCAGAAGGGAGAAAAAGGGGAUGCGGGCCUGCCUGGUCCUCUGGGGAUCCCAGGGAGGUCAGGCCUUGUGGGUCCGAAAGGCGAAUCCAUUGUUGGUCCAAUGGGUCCUACUGGUUCUCCUGGUCAGCCUGGACCUCCAGGAUUUGGACGGUCUGGACCUCAAGGUCCGCCUGGCCCUCCUGGGCCCCCAGGACCACCCCCUCCAUACGGAUCAACUGUCAGUGUCCCCGGCCCUCCCGGUCCUCCUGGUCCACCAGGCUCUCCAGGAUAUGCAAACUUUGUUACCAGCUAUAAGACAAUCCACGCCCUCACCCAAGAGGCACACCAUGCUGCUGAAGGUACCUUGGCAUAUGUGUCUGAAAGGGGAGGCGAGCUGUACAUCAGAGCACGCAAUGGUUGGCACAAGAUCCAGCUCGGAGAGUUAAUCCAUUAUGAACCUUCAUCAGACACAUCUCAGUCCCUCAGCAGACCCGGAGAAUGGAGUAGAGCCCAUAGGAUGCACAGCCAGGAGCUGCAGGAGGGAAGCAGAGGAUACCAGCACAGUUAUAACCUGCUACCACAGCAUUUCAAUGCAGUCUCUGGGCUUCAUCUCGUAGCACUGAACGCCCCGCUCAAAGGAGAUAUGCGUGGCAUCCGCGGAGCAGACUUCCAGUGUUACCAACAGGCACGCGCCGUGGGGCUCACCUCCACAUACAGAGCCUUCCUGUCAUCACACCUUCAGGACCUGGCAACCAUUGUCAGAAAGGCUGACCGCAAUGACAUGCCCGUGGUUAAUCUGAGGGGUCAAGUGUUGUUCAAUAGUUGGAUGUCCAUCUUCUCUGGGAAUGGAGGCGUGUUUGAUCCGUCCACACCCAUCUUCUCCUUUGAUGGACGCAAUAUAAUGAGUGACUCGGCUUGGCCAGAGAAGCUGGUUUGGCAUGGCUCCAGCACCACGGGCAUCCGCCUGACCACUAACUACUGCGAGGCCUGGAGGACAGCGGACAUGGCGGUGACGGGUCAGGUUGCCCUGCUGCAGACGGGACGACUGUUAGGGCAGCACGUGCGCGCCUGCUCCAACCACUAUGUAGUGCUGUGUAUAGAGAACACAUAUGUGGGCAACAUGCAUCAAAGGAGGAACUGAGCAAACAAACACACACACAUAAACACAUGCAGGCAUGAUCUAAGUAGAAGAUGUGACACAUGAAUGGGAAACACAUGCGGGCACAUAAUGAUGUACUUCAGCUCCCACAUGCAAACAUACCGAGAAACACUCCCACACUAACAUGCAUUCACAUUUAAAGAGGACUUAUCAUACUCAUUUCCAGCUCCAUAUUUUUAUUUUUGGACUGUGCUAGAGUAACUUUGCUUUAUUCACAAUCCAAAGUAAUCCUUAUUUAUCUUAUACUGAGGAAGCACUUCAGUGCAGCCACGCCCCUUCUAAGAAGUUUCUUCUGAUUGGCUGCCACUCAUAAACACCGAAUUCAGAAUUCAGUAGCAGGUGGGCGGGACUUUUACACUCACAGUCUGAACUGCGAUAUGACGAGAUCCUCUCAAAUUCAUUAAAAGGCCCAGAGACUGAACCUUUGGCCUCGUUAUUUGGUCAUCCUUGUAACACUGUAACAACAAAAAUAUGAUAGAAUUAGGCUUAAAAAGGAAGAGCAGUAGGUCCUCUUUAAGUUUUCUUUGUAUUGGUUUCAUGUUUCACUCGAAGCCGGAUUUAAGCCUGCGGGUCUUACAUGUCUGUCCGUGUCUAGAUUUUCUUAGCCGUCUGCAUCAAACAGGCUACAGUUACCAUGCAUAAAUUUGUCUGCAAGACCAAGUGAGAAUGAAGGGCUUCAAAUUAAAAUGAGGUCAUAAUCAUAUAUGUACUUUAUUGGAGAUUAAAAAAAAACCUGUCAGUAUUUUUUUAAACAGCAGGGGCUGUCAAUUCAAAUAUUAGUUAUAUUGAAACCGUGCUUUCAUUGUGAGCUACGUCUGAUGCUUUUAGUGAGCCUGUGCGUCAGCAGCAGGGCAGUGUAUGCCACAGUGAGUCAAAAUGAACCAAUGUGUGUUUGAGUUCACUGGUACCAAAGUUUCCCAAACACAUUUGAAGCAUGUGGAAACAGCUGUACACACGUCUUAGACUUUAGUCACUAACUAAUGACUGAUGUGUCACCAGAAAAUGGCACGAGUGUUAAUUUCUUACAUCCGGGGAUGAAUGACGGACGAAUGGGGGAUUUGGCAAGCAGGGGAAAAACACUUAACAGACACUUCAUUAGAUAUACUGGUUAAACUAGUCAUCAAUCUCAUGGCAUUAACUGUAGACAUGGUCAACUGGACUUGAAGUUUAAAACAAACUCCAAAAUGUGGAAGAAAGGUGAAAAAAGAAAGAAAGGUUUAAGUCUGAAUGUGGCACGGUUGUUGGUAUUUCAGAAACUGCUGAUCUACUGGAUUUUCAGGGUUUAUGGAAAAUUAUGAUAGGCAGACACCAGUAACUCAAAUAGCUAUUUGUUACAAACAAAGGAUGUAGAAGAGCAUCUCUGAACACAUGACAUUAAAGCAGAUUGGCUACAGCAGCAGAAGACCACACCCUCUGCUACUCCUAUUGGCUAAGAACAGGAAUCUGAGGCUACAGGUCACACAGGCUCACAGUAGCAGGCUGGAAAAACCUUGCCUUGUCUGAUGAGUUUUGAUUUCUGCUUCAACAUUCAGGUGAUAGGGUCACAGGUAAUCUCAAACUGAUUCUUGAACAUGACUGAGUUCACCUGAUCCCAAUCUGGUAGAGCACCCUAGAAAUGUAGAAUGGGAGAUUCACAUCAUGGAAAUUUGCAGCAGCUCUGCAAAGCAGGGUCCAAACUUGUAUUGGCGAAGUGUAACUAACGACGUGGAUUUGUUUUCCUUUUGGUCAACUGACUUCCACUGCUGCUGGGACUGAGGUUUACAGCUCUAUGAGGAUUUAGCUGACGGCACUCUACGAUAUAUAAAAGCAGUGAUACUAACAAGGACAAUCCUUUUUAAAUUCGUCCUUGAUCUGUCACAGUGUAGCCUGUCGGAUAGCCUUUGUCCUUGUGUUUUCUUCCUUUUUUUAACAUUACAUUUUAAUCUGAUAUUGAA